AAUAGUAAAGUGCAAUUACUUCGGUCCUCGUCUUCAAGCGCUUCGGAUGUUUUCAUUUUUUUGUCAAACAAUAAUUAAUCCUUCUCCGAAAUAUUAAAUAUUUUACGCGAUGGGUUGCGAUGGUGGAACGAUUCCUCGUAGAGAUGAACUUGUGAGAGUAAAAAAGAAGCCAGAGCAAAAAGACAAGGAUGCCGAGUUAGCCUUCAGAUGGAAACAUUGUACUAUACGACAGUUACCGCUACAACCACCGGUUGUAGCUUGUGGAUUAGGUCGGCUUUAUAGCAAGGAAUCAGUUUUGGAAGGACUUCUCGAUCGCGAUACUCUUCCAGAAUCAGCAGUACAUAUAAAAAAUUUGAAGGAUAUAAAAAAUCUUAAUCUUACUCCUAAUCCAGCAUUUAAUGGUAACAAAGCAGAAAAAGGAGAUUGUUAUGUAGAUGGUGGAAAGAGUCCGUACAUUUGCCCAGUUAUUGGAUUGGAAAUGAACGGAAAGUACAAGUUCUGUUUUUUGUGGACAUGCGGCUGCGUCAUGAGUGAACGUGCUCUCAAAGAAGUAAAAACUUCCGUAUGUCACAGAUGUCAGCAACCUUUUACAGAAGCAGAUAUUGUUAUACUAAAUGCAGAUGGGGACGACCUUCAAUUAAUGGAAGAACGUUUAAAUGUGCGAAAAAUUGCACAGAAAUCAUUGAAAAAAAAGAAGAGAAGUAACGAAAGUACUUCGACAGAAGUUAAUGAAAAGGAUGAAGUACCAAAAAAGAAAAUUAAGAAGGAAGAAAAAUCCACUAUACCUAAGAAAAACAUAACCAGAAAUGAAGCAGAAGAUCCUGCAUAUAGAAAAGCUAAAGAGAGUUACAGUGUUGCAAAGGAUCCUAAAGCAUCCGAAGUUUUCAAAAGUAUUUUCACGAGUCAUAAAUCUGCCGUGGAUCAAGAUAGGGCACAUUGGAUUACGUACAAUCCAUUUUACAAUUAGGUUAAAUUUUUUUCUUGUUAAGAUUUUCUUUUAAAUACGCUGUAUCUCUAAAUUUUUUUUUUCUCUUGAUAGAGAAAUGUAUAUCUGAGAUUGGUAAUUAAUACACGUACUUAAGUAAUAUUUUUAAUUAUUUUCGUUAUCAUUGUUGAAAGUGGUGAUUCGAGAUGUAAUAUAAUGGAAAAACUGUAUAAUGUGCAAAAAGUAAUAAAAUAUUUAUUAAAAUUUCCACCAAA